AUGUUGCAAGAACUGCUGUUCGCUCUGUAUGGCUUUCCUGGUGCAGUUUUUGUGGAAUCUACGGAAGAGCAUGAAGGAGAUUUGGAAUCAGUUUUAAAACCCGCCUCCGUUUAUUUACCAUCCGUUGCACAUGGGGAGUUGGCACUGUGUGCGGAUCUUUUGAAAUUGGGUAGCUGUUACAAUGUGCUGGAAAAGUUUAUUCGGCGCUACGCUGGUCCAUCAAAUAGUUUGUACAUGGCAGCCAUUGGAUUUGGCUUCGACGAUGCACUGAAACCAUAUCGACAAGUUCUCUGCACUUUGGAAUCUGAGUAUCUGGCCGAUUCUAGCUUAGAUGUGAGUCACGCUUCAUAUCGGUUACACAAGUACAAAAUUCUACUGCCGGUUUUGGCCGAGUUAGCCAAGAAAAUCGAUCGAGUCUAUCAGGCUGCGCACCUCCAAAAUAAUCCUCUUGGUUGUCGCCUUUUGGACGUGUUGCUCAACUCUGCGCCUCCGGGCCUCCCGGGACCUAGAAGUGUUGUGCGAAAGCUGUUGGCUCGAGGGAUGCUCGUAUUUCACCGUCAGAUUUCCUCUUGGUUGUUGUACGGGGUUCUUCAUGAUCCACAAAAUGAAUUUUUUGUAGAGCGAACCGGUGACACUACGGAAACUUUGACGUCUGACGGGUGCCGCUCAAAUGUUGACGAGACUGUUUUUACGCACGGAGCAGCAGAUUCUGAUUAUAAAGAUGUAUCAUUUUCGUUAUCGGUCAACCGAAUCCCCUCAUUCUUACCUACGACAUUUGCACAACAGGUUCUGUUCGCUGGUGAGGCGGUUUAUCACGCUACCCGACGUUCCAUCGGGCCGCAGGCGCACACCGUAUUAGUGACUGAUUUAGAGAACACAUUUGCAGACCGUUUCAGACAAAUGUCUGACGCACUUCGCAUCAGUUUGAACGCAGAUGACAAUACGAACGAGUCAGAGGGCGUGAAAAAUUUAAUUGAUACAAACCCGCUUCAACAAGCAGUUUCUGAGGUCCGCUCUUUUGUCUCGCGUCAAGUGUGGUGCGAUCUUGUGGAAAAGCAUAAUCUACUUGAUUAUUUGCGGUUGGUCAAAGAUAUUGCGCUUCUGGGUCGUGGAGAAUUGUUCUUGUCGUUUUUGGACCAAUUNNNNCCAAUUGAGUACCGUUCAUGCGUUCGGUAA